AUGUUAGGUUCUUUCUUACUUCAGGUGAAUAAAUCUUUACAAGAUCGUCUGCGCCGAGACAGAAUCAGCAGAAGCGUGGAAGAGCUGAGAGAUUUGGUACUCGGGCCCUCAGGAGUGCACGUGAGUGCUGAUGGCUGCGCAUGCUUAAAAUGGGUGGAAUAAAAAUAAUAAAAAUAAAAUGGGGUCUUUACAUAGUUAACUAUUCAAUGUUACUUAUGGGGGUGUAAUAAAAUAAAGGGGUACCCUGAUGGGUGGCAUGAAAGGCGUGAAAUAUAGAGCAAAAAAAGAAAGAGAUGAAAAAAAAAAAAAAGAAGAAGAAGAAAGGAAGAAACAUUCUAUGAAAUUAAAUACUCAAGAAGACUUACAAGGCAUCAAUUAGCUUUGCAGUGGACCUCAUUCCGAAUUCCUAUAAGCAUCGUCUCUAGUUUCUGAAUCAUCUUACACCACUAACCAUUAAUUUCCCUUGAAAGAGCAUGCCUCACUGCAGAAAAUUGAAAAAAAAAAGUAGAAAGAUUUUUAAACAAACAACCAAAGGUUACUUUGCCUGCUAAUUCAUAUUUUCAUAUUAGAUCUCUACGCGGGUACGGAAAAGAAGGAAUUCAAGGAGGUCCCCGAUCACUGUUGUUGUUAAUGUGUCCCUUGACCGCCUACCUUACUCAUGUUCAUACAAGUUAGGUUUGAUCAAUUGAGAUUACAGUCGACUCUCUCUUAAAGGACACCUCUAUAAGACGGACACCUCUGUAAAACGGACACCUAGAGUUAGUCCCUGCCUUUGCUUAUUCCCUUUAUUUGAUUCUUUAGAAGACGGACAUCUCUCUAAGACGGACACUUAGUGCCGGUCCCAAAGGUGUCCGUCAUGGAGAGAGUUGACAGUACAGUAGACUCUCUCUUAACGGACACCUCUAUAAGACGGACACCUCUGUAAAACAGACACCUAGAGUUAGUCCCUGCGUUUGCUUAUUCCCUAUGAGCCAGACAUCCCUCUAAGACGGACACUUAGUGCCAGCCCCAAAGGUGUUCGUCUUGGAGAGAGUUGUCUGUAUAACUUAAGGAAGCCAUCGUACAGAGUUACAAAGGUGACGUCUGCAACGCGCUAGCCCCGGAAUCAACAAUUAUAGUACGAAUGCCGGCUUAUGCUAGAAACCCCAUGGCUCGGUUACUUCAUAAAUUGCAAUUGAUCGUUGAUAAAGGCUUGUUCUUGUUUCACCAGGUAACGCAUUCCAAAGCGAAAAAGCCUGUAACAAAAAUAAUUUCGUCGGAAAAGCUUACGCAGAUAUUCUCAAUAUCAACUUGAUUCCUAAUUCCUACCUUUUUCAGGCAAAAAUAGGUAAAGAGGAUAUUCUAAAGCUCACAGUGCAGUAUAUAAGGAACGUGAGGCGAAAAGGUAAGAUUUAGCUUUUAGUGCAGCAAGUACAAAAAAAUACUGAAUAUUAAUAAUAAUAAUAAUAAUGACGAUGAUGAUGAUGGUGAUGAUGAAAAUUGUCACAGCUUCUUGGCAUAAGCUUUGUUUAGAAAUCAAAUUGGCUUCAGUAGUAAAAAUGUUUUUUCUUGAUAGGUAUCUUUCUUUUGCAAUGCCCUUUUUAUUUUCUUUAAUGAUGUCAUUUUUUUUUCCUAUCCUUUUAACAGAACUCAUGGGAAUUGCUACCGAAAACAAAAUAUCAGAGGAAACAGAAAACAACAGAAACACCGAUCUUAAGAAAGCAGGGAACGAAUUUAAAACAAGACAAAUCGCAUUGAUUGAAGAGCCUAUUGAAACAGCUGAGUGCAACGCUGUAGGCACGACAGAAGGAGGAUCAGAUAAGACCAAGGCGCGUUACCACGAGAACGUCAAUUCCUUAGAAAUGUCUCCCAUUCAAACACAUGAGGGUGUAUUUCAGCGUUUCACGCUGCGAGAUACACCGAGUAUGAUUCAUCCAAACAGCAUUACUCACAAGAGGGUACCUUUCCGAGUUUUAGACUGUAACAGUAAACAGGCGACUUGCAAACAAACGAUAUGGAGACCGUGGUGA